AUGUACCUUUCACGAGGCUAUAACAUCGACUCAAACAAACGUAUUGUUUUGAACAUUGGAGGUAUCAGGUUUGAAACUUACAAGACGACUCUGAAAAAAAUAGCAGCUACUAGACUCUCUAGAUUAACCGAAGCCUUGGCGAACUACGACCCUGUGUUGAAUGAAUACUUUUUCGACCGACACCCAGGAGUGUUUACCCAUGUUCUUAAUUAUUAUCGGAUAGGAAAGCUUCAUUAUCCCACCAACGUAUGCGGCCCUCUAUUUGAAGAAGAGUUGGAUUUCUGGGGGUUAGAUGCCAAUCAGGUGGAGCCUUGCUGCUGGAUGACCUACACUGUGCACAGGGAGACACAAGCCACUCUAGCGAUUUUAGAUUCUCUCGAUGUGGCCUUUGAUAAACUAAGUGAUGAGGGUCUAGCCAAAAAGUUUGGGUACGAAGAUGAUUUUUUUUCUGGAAAAGUAACUCACUGGCAGAAAGUCAAACCAAAAAUUUGGUUGAUGUUUGCAGAACCAUACUCAUCACUAGCAGCAAAGGCUGUAGCCAUAGUAUCCGUUUUCUUCAUCUGCACAUCAAUACUAUCCUUCUGUUUGAAGACUCAUCCAACCAUGAGGGUUCCAGUUCUUAUUAAUGAAACUGUGGUUGACAAUAAGUCAUGGACAGUAGAGAAAACGAGAACGGAUGCUAACAAUGGCUUUUUAUAUGUCGAAAAUAUCUGUAACUUUUGGUUUUGCUUAGAGAUAAUAAUUAGAUUUAUCGUUUCUCCAAAUAAGGUGGACUUUAUACGAGAACCUAUCAACGUUGUUGAUUUUAUUGCCACCAUCUCUUUCUACUCUGAUAUGAUGUUCCAGAAAAUGACAUCAGGGCUGGAUAUUUUGGACUUCUUGAGUAUCAUUCGUAUAUUUCGACUUUUUAAACUGACUAAACAUUCUAAAGGACUUAAGAUACUUGUUCAUACUUUCAAGGCAAGUGCCAAAGAACUCUUCCUGUUGGUAUUUUUCCUCAUCCUAGGUAUUGUCAUCUUCGCUAGCUUUGUGUAUUACACGGAACGACUACAAGUCAAUGAAAGUAAUAACUUUUCUAGCAUUCCAAAGGGUCUUUGGUGGGCCAUAGCAACCAUGACAACAGUAGGAUACGGUGAUAUGGUGCCUCGAACCUACUUAGGAAUGUUAGUAGGUGCUUUCUGUGCUUUGGCUGGUGUAUUAUCUAUCGCACUAACUGUUCCGGUUAUAGUUUCAAAUUUCACCAUGUUUUAUUCUCACACAAAAGCAAGAGAAAAGCUCCCAAAACAAAGAAGACGUAUUUUGCCUGUAGAGCAACCACGGAAACGAUUUGGUGCUGGAGUACAGAAUAGAAGAAUGAACGCCAUCAAACACCACCAUCCAGCAGCUCUAAAACAUUAUCCAAGUAAGUUCAAUCAGACUAAAGAGAGCAUUAGUUGUGGCUAUUGA